AUGGCCCCGAGCAAAGAAUUGGCUCCCAAAUCACUGGAUUUUGAAACACAUCUUGAAUUAAAGCAGACCGCACCGGUCGUCGGGAAAUUUAACACCCUCCAUCAGGAUGUCUUCGCAAACGUUCAUGAGCCGUGGGUGUUCCACGUCACAAAUACAUAUCCAGGCCCGUUGAUGAUGGCCCAGGCGGCCGCAGCGGCGUGGAAGACAGUUCCAGAUGGAUUCAUGCUGGACUCGCUGCAGACGCAUUUCAUGCUGGCACCUAGUCCGCAGAAGCCGUUGACAUACAAGGUGCAACGGAUAGGCAAUGGUCGACGAUUCGCAGUGCGGAUUGUGAAUAUCGCACAGGACGACAAGAUCUGCGUGACGAUAACUACAAGUUUCGUCAACGAUGCGCCUUGGUCGGGUCGAGCCAUGACGCAUGCGGUGCCGAUGAGGAUUGAUAGGCGCAAGCGGGAAAUCAGUCUGGAUGAUUUUGAAUUGGCACGUACAGAGCGAGGGCCAUUUAUGAAGUUCGAAAGACUCCCGCAUGUUCACCAAGAUCCUAGGAGUCCAGCCACUACCAUAGCCCCGGUGGUUGCGCAGAUCACUCCGGCCAUCUCAUCGCCGAGAGGAACUGCUGCUCAGCUUCUCGGUAUCGUCCACGUAUCCGACUACCAUGUCAUGGAUUGUCCUUUGUCCAUUCACGGCAUUCCACACGGGUCCUGGGGCAUCGGAGACCAAAGCAAGACACCAAUCCCAUCUGCGAUGAAAAUCAUGACCAGUCUGAACCAUACGAUCCACUUCCACACCCACAACGGUUUCCGGGCCGAUGAGUUGCUGUACAUCGAGGUCACAUCUCCAUGGGCGAAGGACGGGAGAGCGAUGAUAAACUCGAAGAUAUUCAGCAAACAAGGUCUGCUGAUCGCGACUGUGAUACAGGAGGCUUUCUAUGUCUUCAAAGAGGAGGCCGGAGCAAAGAUUUGA